CUCACCUUCCGCCUCUCGGCUUCCUUUCGUUCCUCUCGUUCACUCUCUAGACGAUACUUGAUAUGCCUUUCACGUCCGACAACGAGCUUGCCCUGGCGUUCAGCCCCGAUUUCAUCUCGCCCGACGUCAAGAACCAGCUGCCCAGCGACUUGCACAUCCGCCCACUAGCGUCGACGGACUACCAUCGUGGUUACCUAUCUAUCCUCUCCGUCCUCACGACUACCCCAGACCCCGGCGAAGCCGCCUGGGUCGCCCAGUUCAACGCGAUGAAGCAGGCUCCACGGACGUACUACCCGCUCGUCAUCGUCUCCAAGUCAUCCGACCGCGUUGUCGCCGUCGGCACGCUCUUCAUCGAGCGCAAGUUCGUGCACAACAAUGGCUCCGUGGGGCACAUCGAGGACAUCGCGGUCGACGCGAACCAGCAGGGGAAGAAGCUCGGCCUUCGCGUCAUUCAGGCGCUGACGUACAUCAGCGAGAUUUCGGGCUGCUACAAGACGAUACUCAAUUGCAGCGAUAAGAACGUGCCGUUCUACGAGAAGUGCGGGUUCCAGAAGAAGGAGAAUGAGAUGGCGAAAUACGCGCCGGAGCGAGCUCAGACCCCGAAGCUCUAGGUUAACUGGCGCACUUCUCUUACACCUGGCUCACGAUAACUCGCUUCACUGAUCACGGACGUUCGUCAACCUAGACGUGUACCAUAGCAGACGUAUAAUAUACCAACGACACCGUCCGAUUGGUUUAAUGUUAUUUACCGCGACAUGCAUGCAUGAUGCUCGACAACCAAAAGAGCGCAGUCACAACGAUGCCGGUUACUUCCGCCUCUCCACACAUCCC